AUUAAUCGGAAAGGAAGUACUCGAACCAAUUUUUACCGAAUUAUUUAUCAGCACACAAAAGAUUGAAGCCACUUGAAUGGAUUAAAUUCAAGUCAUUCAUAAGAAAAUAAUUGGCCUCAAGUGUAAGUUGAAGGAAAGAAUACAAACACACAUUUCGUCAUAAAAUUUUAUUGUCAUUAUUCCAAUAUCUGUACAGUCUUUUUCUGUGCGAAAAACGAAACAACAAGAGUCGUCAUUGCCUUAUCGUACUCCCUGUACAGAGUAUAAAAUGAAUGUAGACUGAAGCUAGAGAAUUUAGUCGAGAAAGAGCUUUCAAGGCAAUUUAAUUACAUUUGUUUUAUAAAACUAGGAACGAGAUUAAAUAAAGAUUAAUUUUUUUGUGUGUGCAUAUCCUAUCUUUCAAAAUGAAACUGUUAGUAAUUACUUUUGCCAUCCUUUUUGCAUGCUGUGAGGGUGCUCAACCAAAGGCUUUCAUUUUAAGUCCUGACUUUUUAAUGGAUACUGCUAAGGCUCAUCAAGUAGCAGCUCAAAAAUUACAAGAUGAUUUUGAUGCAGCCUAUCUUGCUGCUAAUGGAUUAAUCAGUUCAAUUUUGGGUGGAACUAUGGUCAACAAACUUAAUGUUUAUAAAAAUCAUACUGACGAUCUUUUGGAACUUUAUAAUCCAGUUUUUGAGUCACUAGAUGUUUUACCUAUUGAUGACUGUCGCAAUAAUGUUGUCGCUAUGUUACAAGUUAUAUUAGCUACUUCUGGUAAUCGUGGUGGAGUUUGCUCUAAGAACUAUCAUGCUGACACAAGUAAAACAGCAAAAGGAGUUACUGAUAACAUUAAUGGACUGAAUAAAUAUUAUAUUGAACUUUCGACUUUCGUUUACCAUAGUUUCGCUGGAUUUAACGCACUUAUUGAAAGUGAAACUAUUGAACAGGCCAUAAACUCAACAUACUUGGACCUUAAAGACAAGUUACAAUUUGAUGCAGUUGAUGCUGAUGCAUUCAGAGCAGCACUUGCAGCAAUUGACUCAAAUUUCAAAGGUUGCUUAAAUACUGCAAAAACUUAUGCUGCCACGAUGAUCGAAUCAGCAAUAGAACAAGUUAACAUUUGUAAGGAAUUGCAUGACAUUUCCCGAGCAUCUCGUGGUGUCAGAAACGUUCAAUUCAGAAACUUGAUGCCUGAAUUUGAAGCACUUGUUAAUAGCUUCGAAGAAUACAAGUGGUAAUCCAAUUCAUGUACCUUUAUUAAAAAAUAUUGAAAUAAAAACUUUUUCUGCAUAUUUAUAAUU